CUUGUUUAUUUUACGAGGAAUCGCCGAUUACGAGCCAAUGGAGCCUUUCCAAGGCUACAAGUCCAGCUGGACAUGGGCAGCCUGCACUCGGAAUACAGAUUUCUAGCCUCUCGAUCGGAGGUGGCCUUCCAUGCACCAUGCAGGUGUCUUGCUUUGAUUCUUUUGUCUCAAUCUCAAACAGCUCUCGUAGUGGGGCGCAAUACGACUUCACGAAAAGAAUGCUGGGAUGCUAGCCCACAAGCCCCCGCCUCGUUCAAGUCAUGCUUGGCUGUCACUUUCGGUUUGCGGAAUAUGGGCAUUGGGCAUAAGAUCGGUCCUCCUGUUCCGCGGCUGACGUGCAGCUGCCACAAACCUUGUUCAGCGUUCGAGUUGAACAUGUCAACCAUGCCCCAACAACAAAAUCCUGGACAAACGUAACAUCAAUGGCAUUUAGGAUUCUAUCUUAUGUUGAGUCUCUCGUCGAAA